CGUCAGAGCGCCCGCCUUGUUCGCUCCUCCGGAGCUCGCGCUGACGUCUCACACAACAAUAACACGCGCCCGGCCGACCGGCGACCGCCAUUCAUAGUCAGUGCCAGUUGCAAGUGCAGUGCCCGAGCACGUGAGCCGGAACCCGGACAUGUAAAUAACGGAGCCCGGAGACACCACCGCCUCGGACAUGUGGCUCGACGGAGACGUACGCAAGAUGAAAUAACAAGUGUGAGCGGUGACCCCCGGCAUGCGGUCGGGGGAGGGAGGCGAGGGCUCGGAGCUGGCGGAGUUCGGCGCGCGCUGGCCGCCGUACGGGCAGGGUCCCGGCUACGGCUGGACGGCGCGCUCCGCCACGCCGCAGCACCCGCCGCAGCACCACCUGGCGCGCCACUCGCGCUCGCAGCAGGACAACCGGCACACGAGCUACGAGGCGGAGGACGCGCGGGCGCGCGCGCGCGGCGGCGUCUACUACUCGCCGCCGGGCACCUCCUACACCAUCGUGGAGCGCCCGGCCUCCUCGCACGGCCACCACGCCUCCUACUCGCACCACUACUCGGGGAAACUCUCCCGGCAACCUUACCUUGGCUCUUCCACUAUAGGCAAUAGUGCAGCAGGUGCAACAAGUCUUCGCAACAGCACUUCGCACCUGACGGCGGCGAACGGCAAGAAGCGGCCGAUCUCGCCGGAGCAGGUGCUGCGGCUGUUCGGGCAGGGCGGCGCCGCGGCGCUCGGCAAGGCGCUGCCGCCGGCGCACCCGCCGGCGCGCCGCCACUCGCCCGCCUCCAGCCCUAGCAGUACCACGCACCAUGCGAUAUACCGGGGCGAGCGGGAGCGCGAGCGCGAGCGGCCGUACUCGUCGGGCGGCGCGCCGGCGCCCGCGCCGGAGCCGGCGCCGCGCACCGUCACCAUGAGCCGCGACCCCGCCGACUCGCACGGCUUCGGCAUCUGCGUCAAAGGUGGGAAGGAGGCAGGUGUGGGAGUGUACAUUUCUCGUGUGGAGGAGGGCUCGGUGGCGGAGCGCGCGGGCCUGCGCCCCGGGGACUCCAUCCUGCAGGUCAACGGGACGCCUUUCUCCGGCAUCUCGCACGAGGACGCGCUCAAGAUGCUGAAGUCGUGUCGGCAGCUGACGAUGACGGUGCGCACGGCGGGCGCGCUGGUGGGGCGUGCGUCGUGCUCCUGGAUGGACCGCUACGGGCGGCCCGCGUCGCCGCCGCCGCCGCGCCAGUCUCGCUCCGCCAGCAAAGACCGCUCGAUACGCAGGGUGGACCUUUGUAUCGAACCGGGGCAGUCGCUCGGGCUGAUGAUCCGCGGCGGGCUGGAGUACAGCCUCGGCAUCUACAUCACGGGCGUCGACAAGGACUCGGUGGCCGACAGAGCUGGUUUGAUGGUGGGCGACCAAAUUCUGGAAGUGAACGGGCAGUCGUUCGUGGACGUGACGCACGAUGAAGCCGUCGCACAGCUCAAGUACCACAAGCGGAUGUCGCUGCUAGUGCGAGACGUGGGCAAGGUGCCGCACGCUUGCACCGCCUACGGGGAGCGAGAUGCAACGCCAAGAAUAAGCGGUUGGGGUAAGAGAAGAGGCGCGGCAUCGACAGCAGUGGAGCAGAAGGCGCGUUCGUUACUUCCGCAAAGCGACCUGCCCGCGCUAGCGUACUACAUGGAGGAGUACGCGUCGCGGCGGCUCGCUACUGACGCUUUCCUCACCGUGCUUCGUGAUCUGCUCGACACGCCACAAAAAUAUACUCUCCUAACGGAAAUCCGAGAAUUCAUGCUACCCGAAGACCGGCCGAGAUUCGAUGAGCUAGUCUACAGGCGAGGCGACGAACCUCCUGAUCACCAUUUAAAGCGCGGGGCCGACCGCCACAUGCUGCCGUCCUCGACGAUGCACGACUUGCACGACGCGGAGGGGCCGCCGGACGCGCCGCUCGCGGCCGACCACCGCUCGCCCUCCGAGGACUCCGGCCUGGGCCUGCCGCCGCACGACCACGCCUACAGGAGCGGGCGCCCGUGGCGGCCGGCCGACGCGCCGCCGGCUGACGACGACCUGGAACCACCGCACGAGGAAUACGAAGAGGAAGGGCGGCGGUCGCGGCGGCACUCCUCGCCCUGCAACUCUCGGGAAGGCAGCACGACCGCGUUGCACACGCAGCAUUACGAUGAACAGGAUCAGUGCGGCUAUCUCGAGGGGCUGCGCUCAUCACUCGGUGGCUGGACGCAGAAAGUUAAAUCAUGGUACUGGGGACGCCCACUAGAGUUGGCGCACAAGUUGUCUCGAAGUUUCGACAUGAAGGAGGACGGCGGCGCGCUGGCGGAGGACCGGGGCGGCAUCCGGCGGCACCAGUCCAUGCAGCGGCUGCAGCACGAGGGCGGGGACGAGGCGCGCGCGGCGCGCGUCGUGCCCGACCACCACGGCAACCUGCACGUCACCGUCAAGAAGACCAAGCCGAUCCUAGGCAUCGCCAUUGAGGGCGGCGCCAACACUAAGCACCCGUUGCCCAGGAUAAUAAAUAUACACGAACACGGAGCAGCAUACGAAGCGGGAGGGCUAGAAGUGGGGCAGCUGAUACUGGCCGUCGACGGGCACAGGGUGGAAGGCCUGCAGCACCAGGACGUGGCGCGGCUCAUCGCCGAGUCCUUCGCGCAGAGGGACAAGCCGGAGAUCGAGUUCCUAGUGGUCGAAGCAAAGAAAUCGAACCUGGAGCCGAAGCCGACCGCGCUCAUUUUCCUGGAGGCCUAACAUCUACUGUCCCUCCCCGCCAGCGACCCCCCGGCCGCACUGGGCACCGCGACCUUGGGGGCCGACCUCACCGCGCACACCACGGAAUAGCCAACUCCAACCUGCGCUGCCACAUGCUCUUCUAAACGCGUUCCUCAAGCCCCGAUACCCCGCACACAUGUAAACAUCCACACGAUUACGUAUACGUGACAAGAGUGUUUCACACGAAAACAUUGCGCGGGGUGCGGAGCGGAGACGCGCUCUACAUGAGAUCCGAUUCGGAUUAAUGUUGAACAUCGACACUGACAUUGACCCCACGUUUCGACGAUGACGAGAGAUAUGGAAAAUGACGCAGGUAAAAAUAGUAGGCUAUAACAAAAUUAAUGGCACAAGGGAGGCAAUCUAAAUUUUUUACACCGCGACGAAAUGUCCGAAACUAUGAUGAAUUAGUUACGAAGCACACGACUGCCCGAAAGUUUUUAAACUUUUCUUACAAAAUUAAUCUCCCUUAUUUCUGAAGGGAGUUUCGGGUAGUUUGAGAGGUUUUGUAAAUUAUUUUCUAGAAUUAGAAAUUAAACCAAUUUUAACAGUAGUCAGCGACUGAAUUUUAUAAAAAAUUAAACCCUACUUUUACUAACUACGAUAAGUUCAUCUUAAAAGUUCACACAUUUAAGAUUCACAGUAAAAUUCGCAGUAAGUUCAAUAAAUUCAAUUCCGUAACUAAUUAAAUAGAGCUAUAAUAUGAAGAAAGUGACGAUAACAUAGAUCUUACGAUGUUCAGUUUUGAGGCGAAUUGUGCUGAUAUAAAAAUGAUUGGCAUUGGUGCUAUGGAAAGUGGUAAUGUAACAGUUUCGACUCUCCGGAUCAUAUACAUUGUAGUUUCAUUAGGGAUUCGAUUAGUGCUUGGUCGGCAUCAUAGCAUUUCAUGAGAAAUAUUCACUCGAGAGCGUCAUCCAUGUGCCAUCAGAGUUGCGUUAGCGUUCGGGAAGUGCAGUAGCGGGGGCUUGGCGUCACCGCAUAGCGCAUCGUCAUGUGUCAUACGCGUCAUGUAGAGAGAGCUUGCAGCACAGCGCACUCCCCUAAGCAAGCUGGUCCUAUACACUUACACAACCCUUCAUUAUAUUAACUCUACUCUUGAUUUAUUUUAUUUUAUCCAUAGAAAACGAAAUAACAAAUGCACUAAAUGGAGUAAUAGGUACGAGUACAUGAUAAGUAAUAACUACUGCAUGCAUACAUACAUACCAUAAAUAUAAACAUUCGGUAACGCUUUGGUCAAUUGUUAAAGUUCGAUUUUAGUUCCCUCAUAACGUUUGGCAUUUGUAUGUACACAUUGUCCAUCAUCUAUUUUAAACGGCAUAAUUACAGAUAUAUUGCUCCUAUUUAUGCGAUUUGUAUUUCUUUGUCUAUGAAUUUAUUAAGUAAAUAUAUUUAAUUUAUAAUGUAGAAUUUAGCAUUCGCAGGUCGUUGUAUAUUUUAUAAAGUUGUAUCCGAUCGUAGAGCAUACUCGUAGUAUUUGGUUGUGCUUGUUCAGUUUGCUUAGCGGUUCCAUCAGUGCGACAGUCAUUCCAUCAGGUAGUAAGCGGUGAGUUAACGAAAUUAUGGCGGAGAGGGAUUUUAGCCCGCUCUUUUAUUUAUACAUACCUAUUUAUAAGUAGAUAUAUAAAUGAAUGUGUGCAAUAUAAUCGAAACUUACGUUAAGUGUUAGAGUCAAUAUACAUUGCGAUGCUGUAGGCUUGGCGAAGCGAGGGUAUAUUGCCGGAGCGUUUUGUUAUUAUGAUCAAAAAUAGGUGUGUUCAUCAAACUCGAACAGUUGCAUAUUCAUGUGGGAAAGGAAAGUUUCGUAAUGUGUGCAGCAUCGCGCAGCAUACUUCCGAUGUAUCGAUGUGCGUGUCGCUAGUGCUUCAAUUAUAACAGCUGUAGAUAUUGUACACGUUCCGCCGAUGUUAAUAUAUGUACAUGUAUAAAAUCAAACAACCUAUGUAUGUCGUCCUAAUUUAAAAUUAUACAUCCGUUCUUGAUUUUCUGGACAAUUUGUGGAACUUAUCAUUGUAAAUAUAUAUUAUAUCGGUAUGUAUUUAUAAGCUGUAAAUAUCAGGUUUGAAUGUUUUGUAUAAUAUAAAAUUAAAAAUAAAUAUUUAUUGAAGUUAGUGCCAAAAAGCAUUGUACAAUCCGCGGGAGCGGCGCGGCGCAGACACGGCGCGGCGCGGACACGGGACGAGCGGCGCGCGGCUCCCACGUGGCUAGUUUUCUACGUCUAUUACUCUACCAAUUGCAGAAUUCACCAAAUACGCUUUUGACUGUUAGAAUUUGGUCAACAUCAAAUACCGCGUCAUAAUUGAUAUUUAUGUAAAUGAAUUGUAUCACUUUGCAUCCCUAGUUAGAUAUUUGGAAAUUACGACAAAUAUUUUUUCACAUUAUACACGACACGCGUGUAGAUUUCGUGGAAAAGGUGGAUAACAAAUUAUAGAAAUUCUCUGAUGUUAACCACACGUGAACAUCCGCCUUUUGAAACCUUACAAUUUUACCUUUAUCUAUACCUACUUAAAACGUUAAAAAUAAACAGAAUAUGCACUGAGACAACUAUAUUUUGUACAUGUAAUUAUAAUUAAUUUUAACAUGUAUCUAAAUUAUAUUUAAAAUUAUGUAAUAAGUUUUUAUGAUUACCUACACAUAAGCGAGCAUAGUAAGCGCGGCGGGCACGCCCCGGCCUCUGAGUCAAUUUGUCAUUUACGUAAAACACUAUAUCAUUUUCAAAGUAAAUCCAAAAGCAAUUUUAAUGUAGAUAAAUAAGAAUUAUUUUUAAUAGAACUACAACAAAUUACCUGUACAAUAUAAAUGGUUUUGGAUUGUAAUUAGGUUUGUCCCCUGACGUGUUUACCAACCGUAAUAAUAGCAACGACCCGCGCGCACCGUGCGACACCAGCUCCGGAGCGCAGGCGCCAGCGCGAGAGCUGAGCUAAUUUACUAAAUUCCUAUUAUAACCUAAUUAUUGUAAGCCGUCCAUUUAUGUUCGCAAUUAUUUGAACGUUAUUAUAUUUGUAGUAGCGGCUUAUUAGCUGCGCAACCUCAAAUUUGUCCUCGAUGUGUUGGUAAACAUUUCAUUAGAGACAUUGUAUCGCAAAGUUUUAUCUUUAGCGCAGGUUUGGUUGAAAAGAUCUAUGUUGUAGUCUGUUGUUAAGUUUGUCGUUGAUGACAAAAAUAUAUUGUUAUCUAGA